UCUGUGACUCAUCUUCAUCGCAGUGACGGAAGAAAUCCCUGCGAUCCCAGAUGUUAACAGCUUCACCCGAAGUCGUCUGAAGGACUCUGGUUAUAGGCAAGACAAGAGUCCUCAGGCAGCCUGUUACGAGGAAGCUUAACAAGCAAGGGCUCGCGAGAUGAACGACAUAAAAAUCGCGGUGUUGGGAAACGAAGGCGUCGGGAAAUCAGCGCUCAUUGUGCGCUUCCUCACUCGAAGGUUCAUCGGCGAAUACGCGUCUUCUUCAGAGUGUAUUUACCGAAAACGCCUAUCUAUUGACGGACGGCAGCUCAACCUGGAGCUGUAUGACCCAUGUUCACAGACCUGUGAUGGAAAAUUAAGCCUGAAUGAUCAGAUGCAAUGGGCUGAUGGCUUUGUGGUGGUCUAUGACAUCAGUGACAGAUCAUCCUUCCUUGCAGCCAAGGCUAUCAUCCACCUGAUUCGAGAACAGCAUCUUGGGGUGACCAAAAGGGAUGCAGACUCAGUUGUGUUUCUGGUGGGUAACAAGCAGGACCUGUGCCACAUGCGUGAGGUGGACAGGGAGGAAGGUCAGCGACUGGCGGCAGAGGCCAAGGGCCACUUCUAUGAGCUGUCAGCUGCAGAGCACUGCCAGGAGGUAGCACUCAUGUUCUCCAGGGUCAUUCGUAAUGCUGGUCUCAGUGGCAAGGUCAAGGACCGCCGGCGUCCCAGUGGUUCCAAGUCCAUGGCCAAGCUCAUCAACAACGUCUUCGGGAAAAGGCGGAAGUCUGUUUAGAGUCUCCAAAGGACUGUAUAUUUGCAGUCAUUAAGAGAUGCACAAGAACAGAGUUGAAAUUCUAAUAUGGCAUUAUUUUGUGGAGCAUAAUCUUUCAGACAAACCUUUUUUGUUAAUGAUAUGUACUGCCACACCCACACCUUCGGGCCAACACGGAACACCUGGGACGCAACGCAGACUACAGCAUAA